UUUCCAGUGUGAAAGUAUAAGGGCAAUACUCGUCUUCCUCACCUAAUGGGUGCACUUAAAUUUCUGUUGUCAUUAGCAGACUGGGCAACCAUUUCAAUCCCUGCUUCUCUAAAUUGUCAAUCGAAUCAACUAGAACCCUCAAAACCUAAGGAGAGACGAAGUCAAGGUGACUCACACAUACAAAGAAUCAAGUGUUGUUAUCCCCCAUCCCUGUGGCUAGUUAUGGUUGUACAAAAUUCAUGUCAGCUGUCGUUAUUAUAUUUCCUUUUAGUCGGCUCAAUUCUAAGGAACAACCCUUUGAGAUGGCUGCUUUACAAAUCAGAAUACUGGAACUCAGAAAGGCUGAGUAACUUGCCUGAAAUCAUAGAGCUGGAGUAUGAUAAAGCUAGGAUUUGCACUUAGAUAAAUCUGAUCUCACAGCUGCGUUCUUUCCAUUGCAUCACAAAGAAUAGUUAGUGCUUUGUCUUGCUUAAUGAUAAGCUGUCAGUCUUUCCUCAUUUUUGUCUUUCCUUCUACAGGGGGAAACUCAGUGUUUUUGUCUUUUCUUUCAUCCUUUUUGAGGUCAGUGAAAGGUGUCUACUAUGAGAAAGGAUCGGAGAAUUGAUAUCCUGGACUUAAAAUAUUUCAUUCUACAUGGCACAGCAUCAUUAUGAAACACACAAGUAUCAACUCUAUAGGGAAAGUAACCUAUUAAUAAUGCUAUAGCAAAGUGUUCUGCCCAUGGACAGUAUUGGUGCAUUGACUUGAAAUUGUACGUGUUUAAAAGCAUGCUGGUUGAAACAAUCUCUGAUUUUCUUUGUAUGUGGCUUUCAGGAUCUACAAAAGGGGCAGGUUGGGCAGAUUUGAAGACUGAUACUAAAACAGGAGCUGGAAAUACAAUGGUGAACAGAACAGUUGGUUCCUGCUCUCAUAGAACUUAAAGUUUGGUGUGGAAGAUAAAAUCAAACAAGCAAGUAACAUAUACGUGUUAAGACUGUUUGAGAUGUGGUGGUUCCAGCAAGGCCUCAGUUUCCUUCCUUCGGCCCUUGUCAUUUGGACGGCAUCCGCUUUCAUAUUUUCAUACAUCACUGCCAUUACUCUCCACCAUGUGGACCCUGCUUUGCCUUAUAUCAGUGACACUGGUACAGUCGCUCCAGAAAAGUGCUUGUUUGGGGUCAUGUUAAAUUUCAGCGCAGUUUUAUGCGUUGCUACCAUUUAUGUUCGUUAUAAGCAAGUUCAUGCUCUGAAUCCUGAAGGGAAAUACGUCACCAGGUUAAACAAGGCUGGCCUCGUACUUGGAUUGCUGAGUUGUUUAGGACUUUCUUUUGUGGCCAACUUCCAGAAAACAGCCUUUUUUACUGUACAUGUAUGUGGAGCUGUGCUCACCUUUGGUAUGGGCUCAUUGUAUAUGUUUGUUCAGACUGCCCUUUCCUACCAAAUGCAGCCCAAAAUUCAUGGCAAACAAAUCUUCUGGAUCAGACUACUGCUGGUCAUCUGGUGUGGAGUAAGCGCAUUUAGCAUGCUGACUUGCUCGUCACUCCUGUAUAGUGGCAGUUUUGGCUCAGAUGUGGUACAGAAACUCCACUGGAACCCCCAGGACAAAGGCUAUGUGCUUCAUUUGAUCACUACUGCAUCAGAAUGGUCUAUGUCAUGUUCCUUCUUUGGUUUUUUCCUGACUUAUAUCCGUGAUUUUCAGAAAAUUUCUUUACGGGUGGAAGUCAAUUUACAAGGAUUAACACUCUAUGACACUGCUCCUUGUCCUGUUAACAAUGAGCGAGCACAUCUACUUUCCAGAGAUUUAUGAUAAAAGGAUAAAACAUUUCUGUGAUGAUUAUGAUUCUCAGGGAUUGGGAAAACGUUCAUAAGUUACUUCUGCUCUGAAAUUUUCCACCAAUUAAUCAAGACUGCCAGUGACAUUGAUGGGUCCUGAUAACCAAGAGACAUGAAGUAAGCCAUUUUAUAAUUAAUUUAAAGGAUAUCUUCAAGAGGAUCAUGUAAAACCAUUUAUGCCUAUACUUUUUUUUAAUCCCAGGAAAUAAAACCAAAGGACUAUAGCACUGUAGAUUUUUUUUCCUACUUUAAGUGAAGUACCAGAAGUGCACCGAGCCGUCUGCAAGGCCCAGCCUUUCAUGUUUGAGAGAUUAUUGUAAAGCAUGUUUUGUUUGGAGCACUUUUAUGUGAUACAUUUUCCAGGACACCCAAGUAAUCAGCAAUGCUCAGCAGCUCCUUUAAAAUUGUGUUUUGCAGUAAUAGUUUUACCAUAUUUAUACAUUUCUUACAGUCUUUGUACAACUCUUUUCUGGAAUCCACUUAGGAAGGGAAGCAGCCCUGGAUUCAUGUGAGCACCGUCUUUGCUUAAGCUUUGCACAGGAGAUUUUGAUUCCUGCCACAAGGCCAGAUAUUAUGCUAACUGGUCUGUCACUCAUAGUUGCAGUAAUUUCAUGAAGCUUAGUCUCUGCUGUGAGAUUUUAAUAAAAAAAUGAAAGGAGUAGCUAUAAUUAAAUUUACUCCAGUCAUGUUUUACAUAAAAUGAAGGUUAGUGUUCAUUCACAAGGCUGAGAAGUUUGUGAACAACAGCAGAUAUCAUUAAUAAAAGUUACCUUAAACUGUA